AUGACUGAUUAUCCCGAGUACAGCACAUUUUGGGAAGGUCAAACAGCCAAUGUUGAUACAAAUAGUUCUCAUGGUCGUUCACCAUACUAUGAGAACACUACAUGGGGGAAUGGAUAUCUUUACGGGUGCACAUUUGAAAAUCUGCAAAAUUGUUUCGUACCGAAAUGGCUCACAAAAAAAGUGACAGAAAACCUUAAAUUGCGCGGCAAUUUUAAUUAA